AUGGUGAUGGCGGCGGUGCAGCAGCAGCAGCAGCAGCAGCAGCGCCGGGACGCGGAGGCGGAGCUGAACCUGCCGCCGGGGUUCCGGUUCCACCCGACGGACGAGGAGCUGGUGGCGCACUACCUCUGCGCGCGGGCCGCCGGUCGCCGCCCCCCCGUCUCCAUCAUCGCCGAGGUCGACCUGUACCGCUUCGACCCCUGGGACCUCCCCGAGCGCGCCCUGUUCGGCCGCCGCGAGUGGUACUUCUUCACGCCGCGGGACCGCAAGUACCCCAACGGCUCCCGCCCCAACCGCGCCGCGGGCUCCGGGUACUGGAAGGCCACGGGCGCCGACAAACCCGUGGAGCACAGGGGCAGGACGGUUGGGAUCAAGAAGGCGCUCGUGUUUUACCACGGCAAGCCCCCGCGCGGGGUCAAGACGGAGUGGAUCAUGCACGAGUACCGCCUCGCCGACGCCGGCGCCCGCGCCAAGAAGUCCGGCACCGGCAACGGCACGCUCAGGUUGGAUGACUGGGUGCUGUGCCGCCUGUACAACAAGAAGAACGAGUGGGAGAAGAUGCAGCAGCAGAAGGAGAAGAAGCAGAUGGAAUCGGAGGCGUCGCACUCUCAUGACACGCGGACGCCGGAGUCGGAGAUCGACGACGAGCCGUUCCCGGAGCUGGCCUCGCUGCCGGCGCUCGACGACAUGGUGGGUCCAGCACCAGCGGCCCCUGCCGCCGGCGCCAUCCUGCCCAAGGAGGAGGUGGAGGACUUCGGCGACCUUGGCGGCUACGACUGGCUCGCGGGCAUCAACCUCGACGACCUGCUGAUGCCGGGGGACGCCGACUUCUUUGGCAACCUGCUCGUGUCGCCGAUUGGCCGCCAAGAUGGAGCAGGACGCCGGCUUCCCCAUCUUCUGUGA